AUGGUAUCUGGUCAAAUUCUCCAGCCCAUGGGCUCAGGCAAAAACGGUGACCGCAUAGCCCGCCCAGGGCCCAAGCCCGAAACCUAUAGUUUCUGUUCUUCCUCUUUGUCUCCGUUAGAAACAGUUUCUAUCUCUAUCAGCUGCUACGGCUGGACUUUCAUUGGCGCUUUGUCUCACAGCACAACCCAGGAGAAAAUGACACAUGAGAAUACAAUAGGCAUUGAGGUGGAUUAUGAAUAUGAUGAUUGCAAUAACUCAAAGCGCCCAAAAAUGACUUCUAAAGUAUGGGGAGAAAUGCAGCGAAUUCAAACAACCGAAGGUAGUAAAGUUCUUUGCAGACACUGUGGAAAACUGUUGCAAGAUAACUGUGGGACUUCUCAUUUAAAGCGUCAUUUAAUCAUAUGCCCUAAGCGACCUAAACCACUGGAUGUUGUUACUCAUGAUUCAAUGGCACCAACAUGUUUUAGAGGUCCCACUAGUGCCAGAGAAUCUGGAUUAAACACAGUGCUUAUGGUUCGCCCGUUGAAGGUCGAACCUGAAUCACAAGUCCCAUGCUUCUUUCAGACUCCAAAUAAUCGAGUUCCAACUACUGCAUCCAUUGAAAAUGCUCCUAGUCCCAAUCAAGAAUCACAUCCAAAAACUAGUUCCCCUCUUUUGCUGCCUAGCAUAGAAUCUCCCAAGAAUAAAGGGGAACUGACUCUGGAUGAUGUAGAAAUGAAAGCAUUUUAUGCUUCUCUGGAUGCCGAGACAUCGGUUAUGUCUCCUUCCGAAGAUUCUACAGUCGACACUGAAUUAUCCAAAACCACACCAUGUGAAGAGACUAAGAAAGCAUUGAAAACACUGCAAGACCUUCUUUCCAAUGACUUCACUGAUCUAUUGCAUACUGGACAAUCUGGUACCAUCAAAUCUGCCAUAGAAUACCUUUCCAAGUUGUCUGCAGACGAUGGAAUCUCAGCAGAAAUGAGGUUGUUGAUAUUAGAGGUUUCUAGAGAAUUCACCCGCUGGAGUUGUGACUACAACGAUGCUAGUAGGAAAAUAGAGUCUGCCAGCACCAACAUCUCGAAAGCAGAUAAACUUGAAGAAAAUCUUGAAGCUAACAAGAAGGAGUUCAAGGAAGUUACGUACUUAGAGAAUGAAUUAAACAACCAGUUAUCAUGUUUGGAGAAAAGGAAGAAAGAGCUAGAAGAGCAAAUAAAUGCAAUUAAAGCUAACAUUGCUGUUUUUCAAUCAGCUAGGGUAACAAGUACAAAGAGAAAAAGAGAAGUUUUUGAAGAAGCAAAGAUUAUCAAAGCUCAACGAGAUGAGUUGAGGGAACAAGUUCCUCACUUGAAAAAUGAGUUAGAAGUGGCCAAGAAAAACCAGGCACGUAUUAGAGCUGAAUGGUCAAAGCUUGGAGAAAAAUUUAACAAAAGCUUGAAUGGGAUGAAUCAUGAGGAGAACUUGGAUGGUAAAUCCAUGCAGGAAAAUUCCAUUUAA